CAACAAGUUAAGUGCUUUUGCAAUAAAACCAGAAACUAUCAGCCUCUCACCUAACAGCUUCUCUAGGUUCCCCACGUGUCCUCUUCUUCCCGAAAGAAAUGGCGUUGUAUGGUUGCGUUAAGAAAUAUACAGAUUCCUUCUUAAUUGAAAUCAGAGAAGAAGUUAGUUGUGUGAUCAUCAUUAAUCACACACUAAUCGCAGCGAGAGAGAGAGAGAGAUCUGAUAAUCUUUGGAACCAUCAAAUUUUCGCGAAACGAUGAAGGCAGAGAAGAGUCCGAUUCAGUCGGUGAUGUCAUGGAUUCGCCGGCAGCCGCCGAAGGUAAAGGCGUUUCUGGUUGUGGUUUCGGCAAUGACGGUGCUCGUUUUCCUGAGGGUGAUUGUCCAUGAGCACGACAACCUUUUCAUCGCUUCCGAGGCUGUCCAUGCCGUAGGAAUCGCUGUCCUUAUCUACAAGCUCACAAAGGAGAAGACUUGCGCUGGGAUAUCUCUCAAGACGCAGGAGCUAACGGCUUUGUUUCUGGCCGUGCGAUUGUAUUGUAGUUUUGUAAUGGAGUUUGAUCUUCACACAUUACUCGAUUCAGCUGCUUUGGCGACGACUCUUUGGGUCAUCUAUAUGAUCCGUUUCAAUCUUAGACCCACUUAUAUGGAAGACAAAGACAAUUUCGCUAUCUACUACGUUGUGAUCCCAUGUGCUGUUGUAUCUAUCCUCAUUCACCCGUCAACACGUCACCACAUCAUAAACAGGCUCCUUUGGGCAUUCUGUGUUUAUCUUGAAGCUGUUUCAGUUCUUCCUCAAUUAAGAGUCAUGCAGAACACCAAGAUCGUGGAACCAUUCACAGCACAUUACGUAUUUGCUUUGGGAAUCGCUAGGUUCUUGAGUUGUGCACACUGGAUCCUUCAGGUGUUGGAUUCGAGAGGGCGGUUAUUGACUGCAUUAGGGUAUGGACUAUGGCCUUUAAUGGUCCUUCUCUCUGAAAUCAUCCAAACCUUCAUUCUUGCAGAUUUCUGCUAUUACUAUGUUCAGAGUUUAAUGGGUGGACAGCUCGUUCUUCGUCUCCCUUCUGGCGUGGUGUAAGCUUUGUGAAAUGGAUGGUUCGAGCUUGUGGAGGUUCAAACUGAUUAGAGAUUUUGAAAACAGUAUUUAAUGCUUUUGUUAGCAAAAGAGGCAUUAAUUAAUUAGAAUUAGUUUUCUAUAAUAAUGUUUAAUUCGGAUUUUGUUGUGAUGACGUUUUGACUUCACGAUCAUAUAAUUUCAGAUACCACGCUUACAGAGUUACAGUUCCAACUUUUGUCAUCUUUGAAUGACACUGUAAAGUGAAAUAUAACCAGCCGUUUUAUAUAUCGGACUGGAACGGAUCAUUAAAUAUUUUAGAUAGAUUA